AUGGGGAACGAGCGGGGGCCGGCGAGGGCGGGAACGCCGUCGGAACCUCGACCUUCCAGCCCCCACAACUCCGGGCGGCAACUCCACAGCCUCAGCUACGCCUCGGCGGAUUUUGACGAGGACGAGGCCGACGCGAUGACGUGGUUUCGUCGGAUGCAAAAAGCCGAGGAGCAUCUUAAGAAAUUGCGAAGUCUGGCGGAGAAGGCGGGAACGCCUGGGGUGGAGAUCGGCACCAUGAUCGGAGAGGCGUGA